AUCUCCGCCGCUUCGCGGUUGCUCCCCAACGCCCAGGCCGCACCUCGGCGGCCGCGAGGGCAGUGUGCGCCGGCUGCGCCCAAGCCCGGCCGGGCCGCCCCGCCCCCUCGGCCUUCUCCGUCAGCUUGUCGAAGCCUCGCUGGACGUGGGCCUCGCCCUCGCGCGCUCCGCCCUCGCCCUCCACACCCGUCACUAUCGGCGCUCGGUCUCCCGCGCCGGGCGGGCGGGAGCCCGAGCCUCCGGGCCCAUGGCCAAGCGGCGUGCGGCCGAGCCGGUGACGUUCCACGUGCCUUGGAAGCGGCUCCUGCUCUGCGACUGCACCGAGGAGCCGCCGCCGUCUUCGCCGCUCUGGAUCCGGCCGCCGGGGGCCUCGCAUCCUGGGCAGCCUCUCGACUUCCCGGAGCUGCACCGAAAGCGCAAAAUCGAGGCUGGGGCCAUGGCAGAGCCUUCGGCUUCGCCCAACAAACGCCGUGACAGCGGGGACAGCAGCGCCCCAGGCGGCGAAGAGUCCGAGCGCCGCGGCCUCGAAACGGGCGAGCCGCCGCUGCCGCAGCCGCCCCUUCAGCCCCGCGGGCCGGGGGAGGAGCACCGGGGCGCCCAGCCCCCGAGGGGCGGUGGCGACGACGGGGCGGGGCGCGCAGGGCCCCCGAGCGGAGACUGGGGGGCCGCCCGGCGCCAGCACAAUGAAGAAUUUUGGCAGUAUAAUACCUUCCAGUACUGGAGGAAUCCUUUACCACCUAUUGAUCUGGCAGACAUUGAAGAUGCAACUGGAGACAACUUGACAGAAGCAACACUUGAGGGCAAGAAUGAAGUGGCUGAGAUUGACAUGGAGUCCUGACAUAAGGAACUGAAUAAGUGGGAUUCAUUGAAUUUGAGGAAACAUCUCUAAGUGAAUUCAUGUAUUCUUAAGGAAAAAGUUAUUUUCCAUACUAGACGUGAUAUCAUUUCCAAACCUGAAAAAUGAGGAAAGGUUGUUUUGACAAUAAAUAUUUGCAUUUACUACUGAACCUCCCAAUAGGGAUUUGUCAAGGAUAUAGUGCAGUUGUUGGGGAAGUAUUUUAUGUAUGCAUUCUUAAGGAAAAAAAGCUUUGUUUAGACUCUAAAUUUGAAGAUAGUGACCUUAUGAAAAGAAAUUCUGGCAGUUUUAGAAAUAGGUAGGAAACACUCAACUAUUCCUCCCGUCUGCACCAAAAAGUUUAUUUGUGGUACAUGAAAUAAAUAAUUGUUUUAUAAUAGCUGUUACUAAUAAAAUACUUUCUAAUACAUUUUAUUGACUCUUAGUUGAACAAAGCUGACUUGAACAUCUAUGCAAAUUUAAAAUGUGAGGGAUUCUUUCUGAAAGCUAGUGUUGCUUUACUUAAAAGAGCUUUCUAAAUGUAAAGUAGGGAGAAUUUCAAUUUGGAUAGCAUGUUUGCAUAAUUUCCAAUAUCGGAUGCUUGUUAAGGUCUACUAUGGGCAAUCCAAAAUGGAUAAAGAACAAUGAGAAAUGAGUCAGUGCCUGACCCCUUCUCCUUUCCCACGAUAAGAGGAAAGAAAUUCUUGGCUUUGAAUUGCUUUGAAGGUGUGGUUUUUAUUGCUAUUCUUCUAGACCUGUAGUUCUCAACACUGAUAGCACUUUAAAAAUCUUUGCCUGGGACCCACUCUUGAGAGAUUCUCAUUUAAUUGUUCUGAGGUGGGCCUUGAUAUAACUAUUUUUUUAAGCACCAAUCCUCUUUUUCUUCAUUCCUCUAAUGUGCAGACAGGUUUGAGAACCACUAGACUAAUGGUAGUUUUUUCCUAUUUAAAGGAGAUAACUAAUUUGAGCUGAAACAACGCUCUUAAUUAGCUUUGGUUUUUGCUCUGUUGAUAUCUUUGUUACUACUAAAUUAUUGUGUUGUUAUUACUAUUUCAUUGUUAAAGAAAUAAAGUAAGUAAUUUGUGUUUGAGU